AUGUUCAAAUUCACCGUUGUCAUCUUUGCCAUCAUCGCCUGCGUCGCAGCCAAGCCCGGACUUCUUGGCGAGCAGUUCGCUUAUACUGCUCCAAUUGUGGCUGCUGCUCCAGGUGCAGUUGUCGCAGCUCCUGCCCCAUAUGUGACUGCUACCAGCAGUCAGGUGUUUGCUCGUAACUACAAUGGGAUCGCCACUGCUCCAUUGGUUGCUGCUGCUCCCGUCGCUGCUCCGGUGGUGGCCAAGUAUGUGAGUGCGCCUUUGGCUGCACCAGUUGCUGCUCCGUUCGUCGCCAGAUACGCUCCUCUCGCGUAUAGUGCUCCACUGGGCUAUGCUGCUGGACCAGCUCCUCUAUUGUUUUAA